GUCAAAAAAAUUCAACACACCAGCAGUGUGAGGAGACCUGAAAGUGGCACAUGGCAUGGCAGAGUGUGGCGAUGGAGACAGCAGCAAUGGGAGGCCGUACAGGGACCCAUGACAGACUCUGGACUUGGCAGCAGCAUGAGGAGUGGCGGUAUAGGGGCCCAUGGCAGAUUAGGGGGCCUGGCAGCAGCUAUGGGAGGCCCGUAAUCUGCCAGCACCCUAUGUCAAAAAAUUCAACACACCAGCAGUGUGAGGAGACCUGAAAGUGGCACAUGGCAUGAUUGACUGUGGACCUGGCAGCAGCAUGAGGAGGCGGUACAGGGGCCCAUGGCAGAUUAGGAGCCUGGCAGCAGCUAUG